AUGACGUCACGAGCGCACCACGAAGGAGCGCAUCUCGUGAGCAAAGAGAGCAAAAUCGCGGAAUGCCUCGUAACGGGCUUAAAGAUGGUCAAGAGCAGAAAGUCUGAGAUGGCUGAGCGGGCGUUCUCCUGCCCAUGGUGUCCCCUGGACUUUGAGAGCGUGCGUUCCCUGUGCACUCACCUGCAGGAAACGCAUCCCCAAGAGUGGCUGUGUGCCCUGUCCAUGCUCACGCGGGCACUGAGGCCAAGUCUCGCUGACAGCCAUGCCCGGAUCGAGCUCCCCUGCCUGGGCUUCCGCUGGCCAGCGCUCCCUUACAACCCCGAAGCCCUGGAGCCUCCCACGGUGGCGGUCUGGAGCUCCGUGGGGAGAGAGGGGGCCUCAGGGCAUGUCGAUGCCCAGCAGGGUCAGCCCGGUUCAGGUUUGGCUUUGUUGGAGGGCCUGCUGAUGGGAGAGCUGGACAGAAAGAACGCAGAGGUGCAUGCCGCAAAGAAAGACAAAGAGAAACUGCGACGAGCGAAGGAUGAGCUGGAGGAGAGGAAUGCGCAACUCAAACGACAGCUCACCAUUGCUGCAGAGAUGAUGGCCGGCCUUCGGCAGGAAGUGAUGGAGAAACACAGGGAGUUGACUACAAAGGAACGACAGGUGUGUGAGUUGAGUGUGUUCCUGAGAGACACUGCCUUGAAGGAGGCCGACGCCAAACUGCGUCUGCAGGAGUUCAUCGAGGAGCUGCUGGAGAGAGCGGAGACCAGGAGUCAGAGUGUCUCAGUUGUUUCGAGACACACAUAUCAGCAACACAUGUCUCCUGAUAAGAGGUGGCCACGGGGUGUGAAGCGGACACUAUCGCUGGGCUCGUGUGUUUGCGAGCGAGGGUGUGUGUGUGGGAGGAGAUGGUGUUUGUGUGAAAGAGGGUGUGUGUGUGUGAGUUCAGAUGAGGGGGAUGACACCUGGUCAGCUGACACCUCAGAGCUCAGCUUGUGGCCACACACACCGAGUAGAGACAUCUCCCAGGCCGUCUGUCCUUUCUGUGCUAAGCAGAGCCAGUCUCAGGAGUGUGUGUGUAUGGUGCUGAGGUGUGUGUUCGCGUUUCUGGACACACACACGCUUCUGAAUGCGGCUGUGGUGUGUCGGGCGUGGAGGAACGUGGCACGUCACCCUUCACUCUGGAUCCGCGUCACUCUUGAGAACACACACGUCUCCUCUACACUGCUGAUCAGCUUGUCGCGUUGGUGCAAUCAGACACGUUCUCUCACAAUGCGGAACCUCACCGCACCCAGACGCCACCACGAGGACACAGAAGAACACUACAGGAACACACGAGGCUGCCUGGAGUCAGGGUUAGAAGUGUUGCUAAGGGCAACAGGGCGGAGCCUGGUGGAACUGACGGUGACCAACUGCCCCAACAUUCUGACCGACCGCUGUGUCUGGCUUGCCAGCUGCUACUGUCGCUCCCUACAGACACUCACAUACAGGAGUGCAACUGACCCUGUGGGGCCAGAGGUGAUUUGGGCGUUGGGUGCGGGCUGCAGAAACAUCACCUCCCUCCAGGUGGCGCCACUGCAGCCAUGUCUGCAGCCCAGUCGCUUUGGAAACCGAUGCCUGCAGCUCAUAGGCCGAUGCUGGCCACAGCUCUGUGAGGUGGGAGUCGGAGGGGCCGGCUGUGGGGUGCAAGGACUAGCCUCGUUGGUGAAGAGCUGUGUGUCCCUCAGGAAACUGCAGCUGCAUGGUGUGUGUGAGGUGAGCGUGGCUUUGGCGCAGCACCUGUGCAGGGAGGGGCUGCGUUGCCUGGAGACGUUGGAGUUCCACUCGACCCCUGUUAGUCCAGACGGUCUGCUGCACUUUCACAGCAUGUGUGGCCAGCUGAGAUGUGUGUUGGUUCAGGUGAACAUCAGCGAUUACUUCCAGAACCCUGACAGAGAAGAGGCCCACAGACACUUUAACCAGACAAUCAACAAAAUGCAGGCACUUCAGAGUUCUAUUCUCUCAGGGAUCCUUCAUCUCAGGCUGGACAGGUGCUGAAAACAUCAAGGGCCACGUGAGGUUCGGCUCAUCAUAUCAAACACAUCGAUGUCUGUUAGAUGUCUCAUCUCAUCGCCUCAUCACUGUGAUAAACAAUCUACCUAGUAUUACAGAUGUUACAGAAGUCAUCAGGCUCAUCACUAAUCACUGUGAUGAACAGUCUACCUUACAUUACAGAUGUCACAGAAGUCAUCAGGCUCAUCGCUAAUAACUGUGAUGAACAAUCUACCUAGUAUUACAGAUGUUACAGAAGUCAUCAGGCUCAUCACUAAUCACUGUGAUGAACAGUCUACCUUACAUUACAGAUGUUACAGAAGUCAUCAGGCUCAUCGCUAAUAACUGUGAGGAACAAUCUACCUAGUAUAACAGAUGUUACAGAAGUCAUCAGGCUCAUCACUAAUCACUGUGAUGAACAGUCUACCUUACAUUACAGAUGUUACAGAAGUCAUUGGGCUCAUCGCUAAUAACUGUGAGGAACAAUCUUCCUAGUAUAACAGAUGUUACAGAAGUCAUCAGGCUCAUCACUAAUCACUGUGAUGAACAGUCUACCUUACAUUACAAAUGUUACAGAAGUCAUCGCGCUCAUCGCUAAUAACUGUGAUGAACAAUCUACCUAGUAUAACAGAUGUCACAGAAGUCAUCAGGCUCAUUAGUAAUCUAUAGCCUAAUGUACAUGUAACAGAAGUCCAAUUGAAGUCAUCAGGCUCAUCAAUAAUCACUGCGAUAAACAAUCUACUUUGAAUUACGGAUGUAACACAAGUCCUCAUCGCUAACUA